CCUUUAAAAUCUCUAACCAAAAGCCUUGCUUUGCACCGAAAGAUCACUAGCAUUUAGAGCUCUUUCUACAACAAAUACUAGUUUCAGAAGGAAAAGCGCUUGCCUUCGCAGUUAGUAACAACGCAGAGGAAAGCGAUGGAUUUCAGGAUCAUGGGCUUGGAAUCGCCAUUAUUGAGCACACUGCAACAAAUGAUGGAUUUUACAGAUGACGCUGCCGCUGAUAAAUCCGUUAACGCUCCGAGCCGGACGUAUGUGCGUGAUGCCAAGGCCAUGGCUGCGACUCCGGCGGACAUCAAGGAAUUUCCCAAUUCCUACGAGUUUAUCGUCGAUAUGCCUGGCUUGAAGUCUGGGGAUAUCAAGGUUCAGGUCGAGGAUGAUAAUGUGCUUCUGAUCAGUGGCGAGAGGAAGAGGGAGGAAGAGAAAGAAGGGGCCAAGUAUGUGAGAAUGGAGAGAAGGGUCGGUAAGUUCAUGCGCAAGUUUGUGCUCCCUGAAAAUGCCAAUACAGACGCCAUCUCCGCCGUGUGUCAAGACGGCGUGUUAACUGUAACUGUUCAGAAAUUGCCUCCGCCUGAGCCAAAGAAGCCGAAGACCAUCGAGUGACGGUCUUGAGCUGAGGAGUUGAAGAGUACAUUACUUUGAAGAAACAGAGAAAUUAGAAAUAGAUUGGCGUAAGAUGAAGAAUAAAUUGAGGAGAAGCAGAUAAAGAGUGGCCGAGGAAAUAAAUACAGCAAUUCCAAAGUCCAGAUUUAUCACUGAAAAAUCAUAUUUUCCAUUCGUGAAAGUACACAUACUAUUUAGAAGCUUGAGAGAAUCAAACAAGCAGAUUCUAACUACAUCAGCUCCCUAUCAACUGUAUUUGUGGCAAAAACUAUCUAAACUAGGGAAGACUGGGCAAGACGGGGGGACUGGUGGGAGUCAUUUGCAGAAGCUCCACAGAACAUAAAUGGUCAGAAGCUGAGAUUGAGGCUUGUAAUAUGAAGAAGCCUUGGAUGAAGCGGAAGAGGUGUCCACUGAGAACGUCUGUGUUUAGUUGGGAUUAAGUUUGGAUGCUCAAAUGCAUCUUAUCCAUGGUAUGUGAAAUUAAGUUGUCUGAACAACAGUUGAGCAUUCUUGAUGUGACGAGACCAAACAGCGGGAGCGGAUGCUUGCUCACUGUUCAAACAGUAACUAUGUCUAAAUCUAACUAAAUAUAAAAACACUACGGAUCCUACAUGCAAUUGAAGAAAUUCAAGGGGUCUUGAGCACUUAUCUUUGAAAUUGACGUGCUUCCUUCUUUUUUUUGUCUCACGAGUGGUUAGAGCCCAAGAC